AUGGACGAUCCUGCUGAGUGGGUGGAUGACCUUGCCACCUUCAAUCUUGCCAUAUACCAUCAAGGAGACUUGGGGGCCAACUUCCGGACUCAAAAUGAUCCCAACAUGAAUAUCGCAGAUCCGGACCAACACGGCGGCGGUGCAUACUACACGUUGGUGGUGCUCGAGUUCCGCUUCGAACCCAACGGCCUAGCGCGCCGGAUCAAGACUGCGCAUAUCGCCAUGAAGUUCGCCCCUAUUAGCAAGGGAAACCCCAGAGAUGAUCCCGAGGUGGUUGCCGUGGCGCCAGAUGGAUUCUUUAGCAUAGCGCCGACCACGCAAAGUGAAACACGGACCAAAGAAGGUGGGGGUACGGCGGGUAUGGGAGCUGGGGGUGGGAAGGCUGAGGUGAGCUUCAAGCUCGUGAAGAGCACUGAAGCCGAGACUUGGGAUGCUACUGUCGUUAAAGGCGGGGCAGAGCUGAAAGACAGAAAUUGGGGCCCGAAGAACACGGCAGCCUGGGCUCUUUUAGAGAACAGGUCCCGAGAAAGCAGGGUCGCGUCCGGCUUGACGACUGCCGUUUUGAUCAAGAGGGUUGACAUGGCGCCUUUCAAAGCGUCUGUGACCAUCAACGUCACCGCAGACACUCGGACCCAGGUUGCCUCCAUCUUCGCAAGAGAUCCUAGCGACGACGACCUCUACUUCAACCCAAGAAAGCCGUCAGAUGCCAACUUUGCAUACGAUGAGCAUAAUCUAGGCAACAUCUCGACUGAAACCCUGUCACACGUUAAUUUUAGGACCGUCCUCCUCGGGGCUGUAAGUGAGAGGGGGCAAAACUAG